GUAAGGAAUAUAAAAAUAAAUGGAUUAUUUCAAACUAUUCCAAAAUUAAUCAUAUUAUUUGCGGUGAAUUGAUAUCUCCUUCAUUUGGAUAUACUCGAGAUUCAUUUGAAAUCAGAUUUAAUAGAUUUCAUACAAAUUACUAUUUAAGAGAAAUAUCCAUAUAUCUUCAUUCUACAGCUGAACAAAAUGACAUAGAAUUCUCAUUAACUUUAUUAAACAAAGAUCCAAAAAAAAAUUUUUGUCGUAAAUACAAUGGUGAAGGGUUUACAUCAAUAUGGGGAUGGAGCAACUUUAUAUGUGCCGACGAAAUAAAUAAAGAAAACGGAUUUGUAACAGAAGAUGACAAAGUAGAAUUUGAAUUUACACUUACUUAUCCUAAAGCAAUGCCAUUGUUAUCAAAUUACAUUCCCAAUUAG